AUGUUUAAUAAAAACGACGAUGAUAUUAGGUGCCGUGACUGGGUUUGUGCAGUUGGGGACCCAAGUGUUGCAUCAUGCACAUGGGAGACAUUAAUUACACACGGUUAUGUGUGCAAAGAUCAUUUCGAGGAAAAGUAUGUAACAGCCAUCCAAGGGAUUACAGUGAACGCUGUUCCUACAAUCUUUCCUCAUUUACGAACUCCCCUCUCUGAGCCACAAUUGCGGUUGUUCGAUGAAAGUGUUCCAGUUCAAAAGAGUGCACUUGGUUUUCAAUAUUAUGAAAGAGAUGGUUCAAAUGUUAAAGAUCCAACAAUAAACCAGAAUCCAAUAAUGCAUAACAUAGUGGUGGAAGCAGAAAGUAUAAUUAAAUUAGAAGAGGUAAAUUUUGAAUUAUUAAAGGAGGCGAAGGUUGGUUCACAUGUUGAAGAACCAAUAAUGAUUAAGAAUCCAAUAAAGGACGACAUAGUGGUGGAAGCAGAGAGUAUAAUUAAAUUAGAAGAGGUCAAGGAAGAGCCAAAUGACUAUGUUGAAUCUUCUUGGACUUUCCUAGGUGAGGUGCAGCCACCAGUGCCACUGAUGGAACCAAAGGAGGAGGUUGCAGAGGUUAAGCAGGAAGAAGAGGUGAUGGUUGAGGCGCAGACGUCAUUGCCAUUGUUGGAACCAAUGGAGGAGGUUGCGGAAAUUAAGCAGGAAGAAGAGGAGUUGGAUCCUCCUGCAGCAGUUUUUAUAAAAUGUGGGACUGGGGAGAUUCAGGCAGAAGGAGAGUUGGAUUGUUCAUUACUAAAUAGUGAAUUGAGGGUUGCUAUGAAUAUACUUGGUGAUUUGGGGCUGGUAAGGCAGCAACAACUACAACAGGUGGCAAUUGGCUUCAACUUCUUGCAAAUUGUAGGUUGCACAUCAAGUGAACCUCGUCAAGCUCCAACAUGGGCCAUUCGGUGCUAUGGGAGUUUAUAA